UCGGAAUGGAGCCAGAACGGGAAGGUCGGAGAAGCGAGAGCAGAAAGGCGGUACGGAUGAGUUAUGGCCCUCAGAGGCCCCCGUAGCCCCCCAUCUCCCCAAGCUUUUGGGCUCCUGCAGUCACCUGGUGCUCAGCCCACCCGGAAGCAGGUUCGCCCCGCCCCACGUGGGCCCCGCCUCUGGGCAGUACCACCCGGACUAUCUUCCCUGGACUAUCCUCGGUUCCCGGAGCGCGUUCCCCAUGGCCCCUUACGAGGAGGUGAGUGUGUCCGGCUUCGAGGACUUCACCCGGGCUGUGGAGCAGCACAAAGGCAAGACCAUUUUCGCCUACUUUACCGGUUCUAAGGACGCCGAAGGGAAAAGCUGGUGCCCCGACUGCGUGCUGGCUGAACCAGUCGUACGAGAAGGGCUGAAGCAUAUUUGUGAAGAAUGUGUGUUCAUCUACUGCCAAGUAGGAGAAAAACCUUAUUGGAAAGAUCCAAAUAAUGACUUCAGAACAAACUUGAAAAUAACCGCAGUGCCUACACUCCUUAAAUAUGGAACAGUGAGUAUCUUUCUUCAACUAUGUUGGGGCUACAGUUCACCCUGUCACAACUUUUAACUCGUUCUGGAUUCAGAUAUGGAAAGGUCUUGACAUUUCAUCCAAACAUCACAGUGCUGUUCAGAGUGCAUCUGUCCAUCCCCUAUGGACAAUCCCAAUAAAUUGUUAAUAAUGUAAAUAGCUAAGUAUUACAUCUUUUUAUGCUUUUUAAAAGUUAUUAAUUUAAAAUUCUAUAAGCACUGCUCAAGAAAGUUGAUUUACACAUGGUUUCUUAAACACUGGCAUCAAUGGCUGCUUGCCAGUUAACCCAUAAUUCUGGUUGAGAAGGAACUUCUAGUCAAUAGCCCUGGGAUUCUAAACUAAAGGAUAGAGGGCAAGGGGGUGGCACUGGACUU